GAAAUUGGUCCAAUAAAAGAUAUUAUCUCACCCACUUUGUGUGUCAGAUUUUUUUCUUAGAUCAUUGAUUGUUUGACUUGCUUCACUAUAGUGUUUUACUUGGGCCUUCAUAAACUUAUUGAAUGCUACAGGGCUUUGGAGCGGAGCUGGAGCGCGGAGCAGUGGAACCGCAGGUUUUUGCCUGGAGCUGGAGCGGAGCCGGAGCACAGCUCCAAAGCCCUGGAAUGUUGGCCUCUCAGAAUUGUCUAAUUUACUCAGAACUAUAUUGUUGUGAAGAAAGGAGACGUUAAUCUGCCGAUCUUAGUUUAAUCAUCCUGGCUGUGGCCACUGGAUGUCACCCUUAUUGCACACACAUGUAGCAGACCCCUUUUCUUGUAGAAGAAUCCUGUUAUGAUUGCCAGACUCCCUGCUUUCAUAUGAGGAGAUGGAGGUUCAGUGUUAGGGGAAUCCUUUUCUCUAAAAAACAAGUACUAUCUUGUCAUUCCUGAGAGGGAAAUUAGAUACAGUUUGCCCAACUUUUCUAGGAAAUGUUGAAUAUGAGCAGUAGGCAAUUCUGUGCCCCAGUGUAAGCAAGAAUAUUGCAAGAUGUGUGCAGCCUGUAUCAUUAAUGCGCACACACCCCUUGCAUGUCAGUCCUUUGUUUGCCUGGGGGAGCAAUCUUGCUGCUCUAUGGAAGUUGAGGGACCCAUGUGAAAAUAGCAUCUGGGAACCUCUGGUUUAUGCUGUAUGUCAUACCACUUUUAUCCCGUAGCUUGUGGUAUAGCAGGGCUUUGUAGUGUGCGUUCAUGUUUGAAGUAGAUAUGUGGUAUUUCAUAAGGCACAAAAGCCUUUGCCUAGAGAUACAAUUUCUUGGCUUACAGAUAGAUGAGACACACCGGCAAAUUAAUCAGCACCAGUCCAUGGCUUCUGUGGUUGUGAUAAAUAAAGCAGAUGGCUGUGGGAACAUGCGUGCUAUUCAGGCCAUUGCUAGAAUUCCCCUUUGAAGAAGGAGUUUUAAGAUUUGGGAAUAAACUUCAAAGCAAUCCCUUUAUAGCUUGGAUCAUAUUCCACACUCUGCCCUUGGUCAGCGUAGGCAGGAGACUUCUGAGAGCCAGCAGUGCAGGUGUUGCUUCUCUCUUGCCAGCUGUUCCUCGUAGUCUCUACAUUGCACCUGGGAGCCAGAGAGCUGUUUCUUGGGAGGGACUCACUUCCACUUGAUCUUUUCUUUGUAAUUGGCCUUGUGCCUCAGUUUUUUGUUUUGUUUUGCCAGUUUCCUUCCAGGCAUGUGAAUUCCUGUUCAUCCACUAUCGCAGGGGCACUGUAAUAGGAUGUACUGGAUGGAAACUGAACAUGAAUAUCUCUCAGCAGGAAAUGUAAUGGGAUGGUGUCCCCAUGGGAUGGUGACUGCAGCCAGAUGGGCAUCACUUCACUAAUCCACAAUCUAACUUGCCCAGUUCUGAUGGCUUCCUACUGGCAGCUUUCUUUCUCUGCCAGAAGGAACUGGUUGGUUGUACCAUGUGGGUGGCUGUUUAUGGAAACAAAAAGUUCAGUGAGGACGGAGGGUAACCUACGGGUUGGCAAGGCAGACAUUUGCCUGUUCAGAGAGUUGCAGAGUUGAGUCCUGCUGCUUGGAAGUAGGAUCUUUCUAUUUAGAUCUUUCUCCAACUUGCAGUACCCAAAACCUACUGAAAAGAUGCCUUAUUCCUGCUGAAGUGAAGAUGUUAUGACCAUUGUCCCCUUAGUCUUCAAUAAACUAUUCAGUGGAGCAUUGGUGGUUGGGAUGGGGACCUGAAGUGGAAACCCUUCACUUUUGCCUAUCACACCAUCAGGGUGCCAAAGUCUUCAGCUGCCUUCUACCCAGUUGCCAAAACCUCCAGUGUCCUUCCCUGAUAGCGUUCACAAUACAUGUGUGUACUCUCUGCAAAAGUGUGGCAGUAAAACCUUGGACACCAUAAAAAGUGAAUAACAGAAGGAAUUCUGUACUGACUGCAUUAUUCAUUUUUAUAGUUAAUUCAGUAACCCCUUUCCCUCACUUCCAACUUACAUGAAGUUGCAGAAUUCACAGAUUCCAAGAUCAGAAGGGACCAUUGUGAUGAUUUAUUCUGCACUAUAGCUCUCAGAAACCAGAGGGCCUCACAGCAGGAUUCCAGUCCAGUUUGCUGCAAAUUCCAUGAGCGAGUGGGUCUCGGAUUCUAAAGGGUUGUUCUACAAUUUAAAAAAUCACUGUCUGAAAUAUUUGUACUUGCUAAUAUUACUACUUGUAUAUAGUCACUAUAUCUGAAAAAUUAGAGUAUUUUCAGUGUAAAAUUAGAGUAUUUUCAGUGUAUGUUGGGAGUAUUUCAUAAGAACGGCCAUACUGGGUCAGACCAAAGGUCCAUCCAAGCCAGUAUCCUGUCUUUCAACAGUGGCCAAUGCCAGGUGCACCAGAGGGAAUGCACAGAACAGGCAAUCAUUAAAUGAUCCCUUCCCUGCCAUCCACUCCCAGCCUCUGGCAAACAGAGGCUAGGGGCACCAUCCCCGCCCAUCUUGGCUAAUAGCUAUUGAUGGACCUCAGUGAACUUAUCUAGUUCAUUUUUGAACCAUUAUAGUCUUCACCUUCAUAACACCCUCUGGCAAAGAGUUCCACAGGUUGACUGUGUGUUGUGUGAAGAAAUACUUUGUUGUGUUUGUGUUAAACCUGCUGCCUAUUCAUUUCAUUUGGUGACUCUAGUUCUUCAGUUAUGAGGAAGAGUAAAUAACACUUCCUUAUUCACUUUCUCCAACACUGUAUAUGUUGGUGCAGUCAGUUUUUCGCCCCUCCGGUCAGUGUGUCUCUUCAGCACAGCAAUAAUGGAGAAGAAACUCAAUUUUUUUUUAAUACUGUGAAAUCACAGAAGUUGGCAGGGAGCCUCAAGGGCAGAUAUAGCAUCUGAAACUUGCUAACUUGGUUUUUGCCUCUUAGAUUUCAAGCUGAUGGUUGCUGUUCUUGGAAGCUUAUUUCCAUUUGUGGGAAGGAAAUUUUGGUUUGAGAGUCCAACUGUAUGCCUUGUCAGCCUGCUAUUAGCUGGAGGGUGGGGGAAGAGAUGCUGGGAGUAGCCCACAGUGCUUAGUUUUAUCUCAUUAAUUCAUAAGUUCCAUUGAUAAGAUCAGGCUGCUAGACUCUGCAUUUCCUUAACCUGUCUCCCAGUGAUGAUCCUCUCAUUAAGACUGUAAGAUGCAGACUCUAAAGAGUGUGUAUGCGUGAGUCAGACAAGCCACGUUAACCCAGUAUGUAGGUGCUCUCGAAGAGAUGCUCCUUGCAUUAAAGAAACACUCAAGCAAGCCUGCCCCUGAACUGCUGAAUGAAUACGCCCGCAAAGUGGACUUCUUAAAGGGAAUGUUAGAAGCUGAAAAAUUGUCAUCGUCAGCAGAAAAGGCCUUGGCAAAUCAGUUCCUGGCCCCCGGCCGAACUCCCACUACAACCAAAGAGCGAACCCCAGCUACUAAAAUGGUUCAUCUGCAGACAAAGGCUCGCUACACGGGCAAGAUGAGGAGUGAACUGCUUGGUACAGAUCCCUUGUCUGUCAAUGAGACUGAGGAGCUAAAUUUAAGGAAACGGAAAGGCUUUGUGUCUGAAGAGAAGCAGUCAGCAACUGAGCUGGAUGCCGUGUUACAGCAUCAUCGCAGCAUGCAGGAGAAGCUGGCUGAAGAAAUGUUGAGUUUGGCUCGCAGUCUCAAAAACAACACUCUGGCAGCACAGAACGUUAUUAAACAAGAUAACCAGACAUUAUCUCACUCUCUCAGGAUGGCAGACCACAACUUUGAGAAGCUGAAGGAUGAAUCUGAACGCCUCGAGCAGCAUGCAAAGAAAUCUGUCAACUGGCUGCUCUGGAUAAUGUUAAUUGUAGUUUGUUUUAUUUUUAUUAGCAUGAUCCUUUUUAUCAGAAUUUUCCCUAAACUCCGAUAAUUUGCACAGCCUCCAGGAGCAACAGAUAGAAAGCUAGACAGUAUGUGACACUCCGCUCAUUCCCAGCAAGUCUCUUUGACUAGUUUGGUAAUCACCCACUGUAAGGCAGUUACCUGCCUCUGAUCAUAUCCUGAAGGGUGUCACCAAGGGCCUAGUCUUCCAUCUCUUCCUUGUGUCCUUACAAGAGUUGGUGGGACACCUUGUGAAAGGCUUCCUAAGUUGGGUCCCUUGAUAUCCCUUUUGCUUGGCUAAUAUGGUUAUUUGUUUCUUGAGAAAGAAACUGCAAUAAAAAUGGCACUUUCAGUGGAAUAUCCCUAGAAAUAGAUCAUUCCAGGUGCCUUGGUAGAUGUGGUUAAGGCAAAAGCUAUUGUUCCUCUAUAAGGGAUAACAGUACACAACUGAAGGAUUAAAGGCCAUAUUUGCUAUUUAGACUUUAACAGGACCCUUGCUGGGAUUGUCUUUGUAAUCUUCCUGUAGCAGAUAUGGAGGGAGCAUUGUUAUUGAGUGGGUCACCUUGGGUUAGAGUAGUCAAGAAGGAAAAUUAACUUCACAACCUUGCCCUUCGGCCAAAUGGACACUGGUCACUGAAGUCUCCUGAAGCCUGGAGUUAUGGGAGAAGACUGAGGUUGGAAACAUCUAGUUUGGGAAGCUUGAACAAACCCACUCAUCUCCUCUUACAAUCACAAACCCUAACAUCCAACCAAAGUACAGAGCGUGUCAUUUACCAUUAUUCCAUUCCUUCAGGAAGCAGCUGAUGGCGGCUGUUCAGCCCUAAACAUACAGUGUACUCUGCCGACCCUGCCUGCCUUCGCAUCUUGUUGCUUCACUAUAAAAUGAGAGUUGAGGAAGUUGGUUUCUCUUUAAAUAAGGCAUUUACUUAAGGAAAAAAUCGGCCUGUACCUUCUGAGCUGGGCUUAUUUGCAUGUUUGCUUUUCUUAACACUUAUUUUUCUAGUGGAAGAUACCUUGAAGAUUUCAGCCACAUUCUGCUCUUGAUGAAGUGCUGGCUUGCUGUACUGGGUGAAAAAGAGAGUGGUGUAAUCAUCCCACCAACCUGCUCAUAAAGAGAGAGUGUGAGAUUCUGUUUCUCUCUCUCGCCCUAACUUUGAAAGCAUCAAUACUGCAAACUGCAUGCUUUCACUUCAGUUUAAACCAUUCUCCCUAUUACAAAUUGUUACUGUUGGUAUUCUGGAUAUUGCUGUCUAUUUUGUACAAGUUUGUAUUGGUUUCUCUUUGACUUAUUUAUUACUAUAUGAUUUUCAUAAUUAGAAGCAACUGCCAUCUUCUCUCUAUAUAGCAAGUGAUUGUUGCACAGUACUAUACUGCAGCUUCUGGGGUGAUCUGUAUUCCUGCAGAUAAUGUAGAUUUAAGAGCAAACCCAUCCAUAGUAGAAUGUGUACCUUGUAAUGUCACACACAUCCUCCUUAAUGACUUCACGUUGUAAGAAAACUAUCACUGUUCCAAACUCCUGUCUUCAUCUGGUGCCUCUGAGAGGAAAGUUGAAAAGUGCUAUCUUCCUAAUUCUUUAUGGGCUAGCUUUGUAAUGCAUUGUAUAUCUAGGCUCUGAUCCUGCAGUGAGAACUACACGGGAGCCCAUUAGGCCUGCGUGGGUGAUGGGGCUCAGCCUGGACUGUUCCCCUUGUAGGAUCAGGGCUGAAGUGAGCCAACUCUAGCCUUGCUGUAAGCAGAUGAAACUCAAUCUACUGCAAUGAGACUUGCACCCACUUAUGUCAAGGCCAACUUUGGUCCAGGCUGUAUUUUGUUGACAAACACUUUGCAUCCACAUUCUGUAGGGUGUAGGGUGGUGAUGUACAGAGAAAGUAAUCAAUAACAACCUGCUAGAGUUGAUAAGACUUCACGUGAUGUUGUAAAGGGCUACUGUGUCCAGAAUCAGAUGAGUGGUAUUGUUGAAAUUAUACUUUGUUAGGGUGAGGGUGACUGUGGUAAAGUGGGGGUGUGCCUGUGGAAUCCGAAGCCCAGCCCAGAAUGAGAAUACUUGAAAAGCAUCCAUUCCACCCAGGAAAAAAUCUAGUUUCCAUGUCCCAAGGCAAAGAGAAACUUGUGUAUGUGCAAAACAGACACAGAGAAACACUUGGAAAAUGAUUCUUCAAAAUUAGGCAGGACUUGCAUUGCUCUUCUAAGUGCAGUUGCUGGUGAAAGCUAGAUAGGUGCAUCUGGUGUUUUAAGUAUUUUUAAAUCGCUUGUGAGGAAGGGAAGGAAAUAGAAGAGAUCACUUUUAUGAACCACUAGGUGGCCAUGUUACCAGUGCUUCCUGCCUGCUGUGUUCUGUUACUCUCAGCAGGAUUGCUGAGAAUAGUUGUAUGAUGCUCUACAGUCAUCAAGGCUGGUGGGAAAAUGAGACUGACUACUGUUUGGGGGCUGUCUAUUCAGAGAAAUGAGCGAGAGACUGGCUUCUUGGCAGAGGUGCUAACUAUAUUUAAAAAGCAUUUUUGAUUGUACAAUUUGAUCUACAUCAGUCCCCUGUGUUAAUUCAUAAAUAGGUUACUAAACUUACUGGUUGAGUUGUAAAAAACACAUUUUCUUGUAGAUACUCACCUGCCUUCAUGAUAAAUGCUGACUUAAUUUUUGAGCAACCUGUUACCUACAACAAGCCCUGAGAGAAAUGAAAAGUUGCAGCAGUUAAUUCAUGAGAAACAUUAACUGCCCUUGGCCAGACCCCCCAAGUUGUCAAGUCAAACUGUAACGACUUAUGCAGCUGAAGUAUUUGUUGUUCACAAAUUUGUUUUUUUCCCACCUAGUUGAACUCCCCUUGCGGGAUCACUGUGCUGUGUUAAUUGGCAGCUGUGACCUUCACUUGUUUCAGAUUAAUUCAAUAAUCCCACUAGUUCCAGAACUAGUCUUCUACCAGCAGUCUUUGGAAUGGGGGGAGCCUGGAGCCAGAGAUCCUAUUUCAGCUGAGGAUUCCUCCACACCACGGGGUCUCAGGGCCCAUUUUCUUUGCCGGAGUGUGCUGCAAAGGGGCAGAGCGUUGGCCAGGAUUGGGCCACCCUCUUGAUAUUCAUCCUAAACUCUCCAUCUCCUCAGUUCAUCCCAUGCUCCACCCUAAAUAAUUCCUUUCUCCUAAGCUUUUACACCUUCCAGAUAGUGGUAGACUGUUACAGUAUUCUCAGUUCAGUCAUCUCUUAGCCAAGUCACCGUCUGUAUCUCUUAAUCUUUCCUCAUGGGUCAGUCUGUCUAGUCCAGAAGUUGCAGACUCCCAGCACCUGCUAAGUAAAGAAUUCAGACUAGAGACAAGCCCUUGAUACAGUUUCUAGGCAGAAUCAUGACUGAUGCAAGGACGGUUGUUCAUAAGCUGAUGCUUUAACUCUCAGCCCUAUUCUGUAGCAGGCGACUCUGAGGAGGCCCCCCCGGUCACAGACAGAGUAGCAAAGGCAGUUAAUGGAGAUUUGCUUGAUUUCCCCAAGGGGAAGUCCUAAUGAGAUGCAUUUGCUUGGCACAGGUCUGUGCCUCUCUGUAAGAGAGGCUGGGUGUUUUGGUAGGCUACCUGCUGUCAGGCAGUAAAGUGAAAACCUUUGUUAGAGACCUGGGUCAUGUCAGGCCAGUAAGCACAACAGCCUCCAGGCCUGGCAGCAGUAGUGGCUGUGAAUCAGUCUGAGCUCUGUUGGCAGUAACUCUUUUUUUUAAUAUCUGUUUCAGAACCGUGUCCUCAGGCCACAGCUGGAGCAGAUGAUUUAGUGGAUUUCUUAGGGUGAAUGGUCUGUGGGUGUCAGCAGGUCCAUAGGCAGCAAGAG